AUGGAGCAGAUAUUCGAGGAACGUGGAGCGAAAGGAUCAAUGGACAGAGACAAUGAGUACAUUCUGUCAGGCUAUAGGGCAAUCUCAAAAUCUUACCAGCAGUCCUUGAGAAGCAUUCUCGGUAUCCACAACGAAACAGUAAAUAUAUUCUCGCAUCUUAUAGGAUCAGUGCUGUUCUUUGCGCUUCCUAUCCCAGUAUACUAUUCCUUGCAGCCAAGAUACGACACAGCAGCCACAGCGGACGUUGUCGUAUUCUCAACCUUCUUCUUUGGUGUCGCCAUUUGCUUUGCACUGUCCGCAACUUUCCAUGUCGUCAACAACCACAGCGAAAGCGUCCAUGUCUUCGGUAAUCAGCUCGACUACCUCGGAAUAGUGAUACUAAUGUGGGGUUCCACCAUCCCAUGUGUGUACUAUGGCUUCUAUUGUACACCACAGCUACAAACAACAUACUACACGCUCGUGUCAGUCUUAGCAGGAGGCUGCGUUUACGCAACGCUCCACCCAGCUUUCCGUCGCCCAAAGUAUCGACCGUACCGCGCGGCCAUGUAUGCCGGACUUGGUCUCUCGUUCAUCAUUCCCAUCAUGCAUGGCUUGCUGAAGUUUGGCUGGGAAACGCAGAUGUGGAGGAUGAGUUUGGACUGGAUGGCGUUGAUGACGACAUUCAAUCUUACUGGUGGCGCGUUGUACGCUAUGAGAAUCCCUGAGAAAUGGUAUCCGUACCGGUUUGAUGUCUGGGGUUCGAGUCACCAGAUUAUGCAUUGCUUGGUUGUUUGUGCUGGCGUCGCGCAUUUGUUUGGUCUGCUGAGAGCUUUCGACCAUGUCCAUGGUCAUGGAAAUAUUUGUGCGGCGUAA